AUGGCUGCUACUACCGUCGCUGCUUCGAGAGGGAAGCCGUUAGGCUACGAGCCGACACAGGCGGUUCUCAAACAUCUCAAAUUUGGUAAAAGACAAGAGAUCCACCGCCACAUCCCACAACUCCGUACAACCAACGCAUUGCUUCCAUAUACAAUCAAAUCGGUGUCCUUCUCAAUGAACUCCAUUUCAAUCGACAGAAAUCAUUGGACUUUUGGACAAAGACCGGAUACGCGAGUCCCGAAUAAUGGCCGUGUGGUUUUCCCGCGUUUUGCUCCUCCAACUCUGAACACUGGAACAGUGACUUAUUCUGGAAAAGGUGAAUAUCUUCACUUCAAAACUGAAAAGACUGCCGAAGAGUGUUAUGAGCUGCUUUUCGACACCUUUUUCAAAAAUGGAACCGUCGUCAAGGAUACGGUAUGGAUCAAUGGUCUUCCAACGUUCAUGCAAACAAAAGAGACACAAGGGUUUACGAGAAUUCGAAUGAUGUCAAAACUCGUCUUGGGUCAUAUCGAAACGCCUCGAAUCUUCUACGACUUCGUCCGAUUUGCUGAUUUUGGAAAUUUGGAGUCUAUCCAGUUCAAAGCAGGCUAUAGGAAUGCGGAUUGUGUAGGAACACCAGAGUUCAUCAACUGCCCGACCCUAAAACUCGACGUUUCAAACUUGGAAUUCGGAACUGAGAAUAAGCACAUGAAUGACAUUUACAAUCUCAAAAAUCGUCAUUUGGAGUAUGAAUAUCAUCAUUUCAAAGUUGAUCAGGUUGAAACAUUGGUCGAGAAAUGGCUCUCAUCCAACCGUGAAAUCGGGACUCGAUUCACUCUGAAAAUGUUUUCUCCGGAAAGAUAUGAGAAGAUUCUCGAAAUGUUCGACAGAUGCAGAAAGCGAUUCCGAGGGGUGUGGUCAAAGCAUCCGGGACUUGGACAAUCCUUCCAUGCCAACGGAGUCACGAUUCCAAUGAGAGAGGGUCGAGAGUUGGUGAUGUUUGGUGGAUUCGAAUCUGUCUACAGACCAGAUACCCUUGAGAUGGAGGUCAUGAAAGGUGGAUCGUCGGUGAAGAGAGCUUGGAGAAGAGGAGACUAA